GAGGCCAAAAGAAAAAACCAACCAAAGCAAUGAGGAAGCGGAAGGGCAAUCGCGCCAAUGGAUUGAUCCAAGUGCCGCUUUAAACCAAUUCCUUCGACACGUUCGCUUUCCACUACACUUCACCGCUUUCCUUUCUCUCCCCAAAUAUUACACUGCCUUGCCUUCCUUCCCGCAUGCAAAACCCGCCGUAAUCACCACCGCCGCCACGAUUCCCCACCAGCCACAGUCCUCCCCUCUCCCCCUCCUUCUCAUGCCUUCCACCGUUCCACUUCGCGAAGACUCUUGGACUUUCGACCAUACUUCCACUCUCAUCCAUGCCUGGGGUCAACGUCAUCUCGAUUUGAACCGCGGCAGUCUUCGCCAUAAACACUGGCAAGAGAUCGCUGAUGCUGUCAACUCCAGCCAUGGCCACGACAGGAAGUUCUUUCGUACGGCUAUUCAGUGUAAAAACCGUAUCGAUACGCUUAAGAGGAAGUACAAAAUCGAGAAGGUGCGAAUUCAAGAAUCCGGUGGUAAGUACGUUUGCGCUUGGCCGUUUUUCUCAUGCCUUGACGAUCUUAUAGGGAAUAGCCACAAGGCUUCGACGUCGGUCUCCGUGUCUAACUCUCAAUCCUCACCGGUUACGUCUCCGAAAUUGUCGCUGUUCUCGAAGGUCCCGGUUGCUCCUCGAUCCGUAACUAAGAAGCGUCGUUCGACUCACGUUUAUAGGAGCUUUUGCGACUCCUACCUUCGUCGGGAUGAGAACUUGAAUGAGGAUGAAGGAAAAGAUGGCUUAGAUUCUGAUAAUUCGCUCUCGGGUUCAAGUUUCAAGGACAGAGAGGUAGGUUAUAGAAAACUGGCCGAGGCAAUAAGGACGAUUACUGAUAUUUAUGAGAGAGUGGAGGCAGAAAAACAGAGGCAGGUGUUGGAAUUGGAGAUGCAACGGAUGCAAUUCAUGAAGGAUUUAGAGUAUCAGAGAAUGCAACUUCUUUUGGACAUACACCUUAAGUUUCAAAAGAUCAAACGCGCCAGGCGAGCUUCUGAGGCCGAUUGUUACACGUAGCCAACGGACCAUAGUAAAGACUUCUUCAUUAUUUGAAAUAAUGAAAGAAGUUGUUUUCAUCUGAGGAAAAUGAAAAACCCAAAGUAGUAAAGACGUCGAUGUUUAUUUCUUUUGUGAAAAACACACAUGCACAGCACAGCCUUGAUGCAGGUCAUGAUUUCAGCUUAGUUUCGGGCGGAGGAUCUGGUGGUGCUGCCUGGCAAUGGAAUGAACAAGUUUUUGGAUUAACCAUCAUUUCCUCCCUUUUUGUGAAGUUUCCAACAGUUUACGUUUCAGUAAUUACUAAUGUAAUCACCUGCUUAUUUUGUUCAUCUGAAUCAGCUACCCAAAUAUACACAUAUAUAUAUAUUCUAUAUAUAUAUUCUAUAUUUCUCCCUACAAGUUCUGUGCAUACUAUAUGUAUUUUAUAUGUAUCUAUGUAGGUGUGUGUGUGUAUAUAUAUAUAUAUAUAUAUUUACAGUA